CUCCAGGGGCGCGAAGUAUUUCCGGUUCAAAUAUUUACAAAAAUACGAAGACGGAGCGACGUUUCAGUGGAAAAUGAGCGGCGGUUUAGCCCCAAGUAAAAGCACAGUUUACAUUUCUAAUUUGCCGUUUUCUCUGACAAACAGCGAUUUGCACAAGUUAUGCACGAAAUACGGCAAAGUCGUGAAGGUGACGAUUGUGAAGGACAAACAGACGCGGAAGAGUAAAGGUGUGGCGUUUGUGCUGUUCCUGGACAGAGAAUCAGCGCAUAACUGUUCUCGGUCUCUGAACCAUAAGGAGCUGUUUGGCAGGAUGGUGAAAGCCAGCAUCGCUGUUGACAAUGGAAGAGCUGCGGAGUUCAUCAGGAGAAGAAACUACACAGACAAGACCAAGUGUUACGAAUGUGGCGAAGACGGUCACCUGAGCUACGCCUGUCCAAAGAACUUGCUCGGAGACAGAGAGCCUCCACCCAAAAAGGAGAAGAAAAAGAAGAAGAAGAUGAAACAGCUUGAUGAGGUCGAGCCUGAGGAAAGUGAAGAGGAAGGAGAAGACCCUGCACUGGACAGUUUAAGCCAGGCCAUUGCAUUUCAGCAAGCUCGAAUUGAAGAAGAAGAGAGGCGGAAGAAGCAGAUCACAGCAGACUCGAGCCACAGUUCCACAUCGGACAGCUCGCAUAAACCCAGGAUCAAGAAGAGCACAUACUUCAGUGAUGAGGAAGAACUCAGUGACUGAUGUACUUCACCCAAAAAAGAGAAGAAAACAAAACAGCUUUAUAAGGUUGAGCCUGAGGAAAGCGACGAUGAAGAAGACCCUGCACUGGACAGUUUAGGAUAAGCCAUUGCGUUCCAGCGAGUUGAGUUGAAGAAAAAGACAGACAAAAAAAGCAGACCACAAGAGAAACAAGCCACAUAUACCAGAUUAUUAUAAUAAUAUUAGUGGGCUUAUUAGUUAGUUAGUUAAAAUAUUCCAAGUGGGCUUUCUUAAAAGCUUAUCCAGAUCCUGCAAGUAAAAUGGGAUUAGAAAUAAUGUGGUGUUUGGAAAGCUGUUGUUAGUGAUCUUGCAUGAACAACCCCUGUUUGGAAAUGUUGUGGUCACUCAAUAGAGCAAACUCGUUUGGCUUUUAAAGUCUCUGCUAAUUGUUUUCUAAUUGUAAAUAAUGUCUGUUACUUAGUAUAGAUGUUUACUUAACGAUUCACGACAGUUGAAUGUUAUGUAAAUAAAGCCAAACCUAUUUUUGUGUGCAUAACUAGAGCUGUGCCAAUCAACUUUUAUUAAGAGACUAGUAAAUAAGUUUGGGAAUAUAAUGUUUAGUUGAAUUUUACAUGAUCUUCAACAUUCAAGAAUUUUCCACAUUUGAAGAAUUCAAAUACAGACACAGUCGUUCUGAUACAAAUCUGAUUUCUGACCAAAUGUAUAUUCUUUUAAUAAAAUACAAUAACUUUUGUUUUUUUUUAUUCCCAA